AGAUCUUAAUAUUGUUUUUUCCACCAUGAACAAUUCUGCAGAACCUGACUUCGAAAGACUUGGAACGCCUUAUGCCAUCUUGUUGAUUUCUAUCAACGUCUGCACCUCCCUUGUGGCCUGCAUCUUGAACCUCUUAAUCAUAUUGACUUUUGUAAAGUCACCUUCAAUGCGAACACCUUCGUUCUUUCUUAUUCUUUGUUUGGCCAUCGCUGAUUUUGGUGUUGGGUCUCUGGUGCAGCCGGUUUAUUGCAUUGAAUUGUUUGCCAGAAUGAAUGAAGCGCGUGAAUUGCUUUCUUAUGCGGCGUCGUUUAGAUUGGGAAGUACAUGGGUCUUAGUGGCUUCAUCUUUUCUGACGAUUACUGCCAUCACCAUAGACCGUUUCCUUGCUAUUCACUUAAAUUUAAGAUAUCAAGAAAUUGUCACAACCAAGCGGUCAUGUAUAGUUGUGGUCGUUAUUUUCAUAGUUAGUCCGUUUGGAAUUUUUGCUGGACUACGCGGGCGUUUUCCUGUCGUCAAAAUAAUCUUUGCUUCUCUUAUUGUGAUUCUCUUACUGCUCAACAUAUUCCUGAUGGCAAAAAUUUUUCAAAACGUAAGUAAACAUUCAGCAAACAUCAGAGCUCAAGGAAAAUCGGUGGCACUGCAGGGAAGCUUGAGCCUUUCACGAUAUAAGAAGACAGUGAACACAAUGUACUAUAUCAUUGGGGUGUUUGGAGUUUGCUACAUUCCCGUCGCUAGUAUAAACAUCGCACUAAACAUUUCUAAACUCAAGCUACCCUUUCCUAUCGCUUUUUACUUAGUACAUGUACCUAUAACGCUAAUGUUGAUAAACAGUGCCUUGAAUCCAGUAAUCUAUUGCUGGAGAAUACAAGACAUGAGAAACGCUGUUUUGCACCUGUUUCGAAAACCAUGACCCUUGAUUACUGAUUAACGACCGAAAACGGCAUAAAWCAAGAUAGCGGCAUGAGAUAACCACAGUCAUCAUUGAUCUUGUCAUUAUAGAUAAAUUGUAAGUUGAAUAAAUUUUUUGGCGCUCAGUCCAC